GCGGGGGGUGGGAGCGGGCCCCGGCUCAGCCUGAUUUACGGCUCUGCUGAAAACCGCUUCGCUCCCGCAGCAGCAGCACCGGCCGCGGCGGCAGCAGCAGCGGCUGCAGCUGCAGCAACAAGUCGGGACUUGAAGAGUAAUGCAACAGAAGGCUUUUGAGGAAAGCAGAUACCCCUGGCAGGAGUCCUUUGAGAAUGUUGCUGUGUGCCUGCCAUUCCGCUGUCCGAGGUGUGGAGACCACACCAGAUUUAGAAGCCUGUCUUCGCUGAGGGCCCAUCUGGAAUUCAGUCACAGCUACCAGGAAAGAACCCUCUUGACAAAAUGCAGCCUCUUUCCAUCCCUCAAAGACACAGACCUAGUCACUUCCGCAGAACCCCUGAAACAGGGAAAAUUGCAGAGCACUGGCAACGUGGUGAAGCAGAAACCGAGCUAUGUUAACUUGUAUAGCAUUUCACACGAACACUCCAAGGACAGGAAGCCAUUUGAGGUGGUGGCAGAGCGGCCAGUGUCCUACGUGCAGACCUACACCACGGUGGACCUGCGUGCGGACUCACUGGAGGGGCCACGGUCCAGUCCCGGCCUGCCCACCUCGGACACCAAGGCUGCUUUCGAGGCUCAUGUCAGAGAAAAAUUCAACCGGAUGGUCGAGGCCGUGGACAGGACCAUCGAGAAGAGAAUCGAUAAACUCACCAAAGAGUUGGCCCAGAAAACUGCCGAACUGCUGGAAGUUCGGGCAGCCUUUGUGCAGCUGACACAGAAAAAGCAGGAGGUGCAGAGGCGGGAGCGGGCCCUGAACCGGCAGGUGGAUGUGGCCGUGGAGAUGAUUGCCUCGCUUAGGCAGCGCCUGACCGAGUCGGAGGAGGAACUGCUCAGGAAGGAAGAAGAAGUUGUUACAUUCAACCAUUUCCUGGAAGCAGCAGCUGAGAAGGAGGUUCAAGGGAAAGCUCGGCUCCAGGACUUUAUUGAGAACCUGCUGCAACGGGUAGAAGUGGCAGAAAAGCAGUUAGAGUACUACCAAAGCCAGCAGGCCGCUGGCCUCUGCCGGGACAUCGGUGAGCACAUGCUUACAGAUAUCUCCUCAAAUAGGAAACCCAAAUGCCUAAGUCGAGGGCACCCACAUUCUGUGUGUAACCACGCUGAUCUCAAGAUCCAUUUUCAUCCAAAGGGAAGGAGCUACCUGAAAAAAGCCAAGGAUGACAGAGCCAGCAUGCAGCCCGCUAAGUCCAUUCACGAACAGGCUGAGUCCCCACGAGAACUCUGCAGACCAUCGAAGAAAGGGGAGCCUCUGGGGUUUUGCCGAAAAGGCAACAUCAGGCCCAAGGUGGCCAAAAAAAAGCCCACAGCAAUUGUGAACAUCAUCUGAAAGGGGGGUGGCCCUGGACCACCAUUGCUGGACUUUGUGGAAUGUUGUUCUAGGGGCCAACAAUAAUGCCCUUUUGGAUACAUCCCAUAGUAAGACACAUUGGGAAAAAGAAGGGCAUAACACAUUUAUUUUGUGUCCAUACAAGCACCUGGAUUAACCAGAAUUUGACAAACGGGAAUCUCGGGGAACCAGAGUUUUAUUAUAGGCCCCUUUUAGAACCAAGAGGCAGAUUACAGAAAGAAUUGAAAAAAAAAAAAUGAAAGCAGUUUUAUUCCAAAAUGUUAGUAAAAGCUCCAACUUGUAAAAUAAUUAGACCACUCUCCAGUAAUUUCUGUACCUGGGGUUCUGUGCAGGGGUGAUUAAACCUAGGACCCAAGGCCACACAAACCAAGUAUUCUGGUUAAUCAAGAUUUCAGUGUUUGGGUUGCUUCAGGGACUCGUUCAGUUAGACUUCAGUUCUCAUUUCUACUUUGUUUGAUUCAGGUUUGUUGUUUCUCUGGAAGCAUGUUUAUUCAGAUUUGGGGGAGCCUCUGCUUUCUUCUUUGGCUGCGUAUUCUGCACCCUAACACCAAGCCACAGCCUCUGUCUUCAUAGCUGUUAUUAUUGCCUGUGGUUGGGGCCGAAAAGCCGAUUAAAACCGUAAAACCCUUUGAUCAGCAUCCGUCACCAGUUCAGGGUCUGAAGGUUGGAAUGCCAGCAGAUGGCACGUGUAGUGCAUUGAGAGCCAGCCUGGGACACUGUUGAUGUUACUCAGCCUUUCCCGAGACCUAUUUCCCUGGUCGUGUGGGCAGCCUCCGUGAGCUGCAGGCGUGACUUGUCUCCUUGCUGGCCUCACUCUUCACCUCCUGCUGCCUCUGUGCCCUUUGAUAACUAAAUAUACGUCCUUACCUUUCAACCAGGUAUUGGAAGUGUUCACUGAACACUGCUUUUUAAAGUAGUUUCUGAAACAAACAGUGCACGUGGGAUCCACAGUCUGAGACUGUCCCUCUUCCCUCCCUAAAAUAGCCUUUGUUUCCACAAGGAACCAUCUGUUAAGAACCUUCUGCUUUAUGAUUUCCCUCAAGAAUGAAUUUCCAUGUUCCUUUUUUUUUUUUUUUUUUUUUUUUAAACGUUAACAAUAUCACCAGGACUUCUGCAGAGUUUACAAGUGCUGACAUCCUUCUGGAAGAAAAGAGUAGUUAUGUCCACAAAUAUAUACAUAUAUAUAUAUAUAUAUAUAUAUAAAACAAAAUAUAUAUGUCAAGUAUAUUAAUAAUUUAUUUUUAAAUACUCAUGCAAAAGGUGUGUGUUUGUGGUGGGUGGUUUUUAAACUAUAUACAUUAGUUCAUGUAAGUUGAAUUCUCUUCUUUUAAAAAUUAAAAUUGUAACCUAAUUAACAUUAGUAGAAUGAUUGUUAUUACAAUAAGCAUCAGAUUAGCAAUGCAUUAAAAAUAGGUAUAAAGCAGUUACUUAAAAUUCCAAUAAAUUGAAAAGUGUAACUUAUCAUUAUACAAACAUUUUGAACCUAUCAUAGUGAAAAUGUUGAUUUUUGAACCUUCACUUUGACAUCUGGCUCACGGGGGUGGGCCAUUCGUAUGAUAUACAGGCAACUAUCAAGUGGGGAAAAAACAUUGGUGUGAAGUGAAUAUCACUGUUUAGGCUAACACUGUAAAAAUUGUAAUGUUAUAAUUAUUGUUUAUUUGGAGAAUUAAUCUCCUCCAAAGUUAUUUAUUAUUGGUGUUUAUACCAUGAUUGCACUCUAGCCUUUUACAUACUAAAAAACUGACUUGUUGUAUUGCAUGCCCUUUGUCCCGUAACACGUGUGUGCAAUGACAACAACUUGUUUUUAAAGGUAGUAUAGCCAGAUUUGGUUUUGUUUAUUUAAUGUGACCUACAUUUUCGAUUUUUAUUUAAUAUGCCUAGAGGGCAUGGCAGCGCUCUUUGACAGUGGUACUCUGUGAUCUCCAGAAAGCACCAUAAUGUCAUAUCUACUGUAUGUACAUUACAUAAGACAGAUGAUUUUAAGAUUUAUUAUAUUAAAAAAUUCUUUUUAAUUCCAACUAAAUUCUGACCUUCAUACAAUGAAAUGCAUUAUAGAUGUUGUGCUUCCUUAGAGACAUAAAUUUGCUGUUGAAACAUGGGAGCUGGCUCAUUCCAAGGGAUAUUCCACCUACAUACCAUGGCCCAAGCCAUGUACUGUGUCCAGCUGGGGUCUUAUUUUUAAAUAUAUAUAUUUUUUGUCCACAUGGGCAGUCAACCUGCAAGUUGAUUUUUGAAGAAAUUACCAAAGUUUCUGGGAAAACAUGUUCAAGGUUAAACUGAAGAAUGGAUCUAAUUUUUAUGAUUUGUUUUGUAAGGAAGAAAUUUUUCUUUGAACUAGUCUUUCAUUCUUUCUUCCCAAAGUUAUGGAUUCUCAAAUGCUAAAUUCAGGUUGCUUAGACACUGUUUUCCAGUAUUCUGCAGGGUAGAUCAGUUGUAUGUAAGUUGGAAUGUUCUUUUCCCAGAAUUGAUAAGAAAAAGUUUUUAGAUUACGAAAUAUUAUAAUAAUAAAGCUAUAUU